CUAGCGGCGGGGCCGCUGCCCGAGCUGCAGCUGCCAGGCGAGGAUGUGUGGAGCCCGGGCGGCGCAGGGGAACUGAGACCCUUCGGGCCCCUGGACCCCCGGGGCCCGGGAUGAGUUAGCUGGGGCAGCCGCGGGGGCCAGUUCUGACUGCUAUAGGCCAAGGCGACGGCCACCACCCGCCCGCCCCUUCUGUGCAGAAGCCGCUAGCUCCUUUUUGCGCCCGUCCGCGCUCCCUGCGCUGGAGACCAUGAGGUUCCGCAUCUAUAAGCGGAAGGUGCUGAUCCUGACGCUCGUGGUGGCCGCCUGCGGCUUCGUCCUCUGGAGCAGCAAUGGGCGACAAAGGAAGAGCGAGGCCCUCGCCCCGCCGCUGCUGGACGCCGAGCCCGCGCGAGGUGCGGGCGGCCGGGGCGGGGACCAUUCUGCUGUGUCCGUGGGCAUCCGCCGGGUCUCCAACGAGUCGGCGGCUCCUCUGGUCCCGGCGGCCCCGCAGCCCGAGGCAGACAACCUGACGCUGCGGUACAGGUCCCUGGUGUACCAGCUGAACUUUGACCAGACGCUGAGGAAUGUAGAUAAGGCCGGCUCCUGGGCUCCUGGAGAGCUGGUGCUGGUGGUCCAGGUGCAUAACCGGCCCGAUUACCUCAGACUGCUGCUGGACUCACUCCGAAAAGCCCAGGGUAUUGACAACGUCCUCGUCAUCUUUAGCCAUGACUUCUGGUCGACAGAGAUCAAUCAGCUGAUCGCUGGGGUGGAUUUCUGUCCGGUUCUGCAGGUGUUCUUUCCUUUCAGCAUUCAGUUAUACCCCAACGAGUUUCCAGGCAGCGACCCCAGAGAUUGCCCCAGAGAUCUGGAGAAGAAUGCAGCUUUGAAGAUGGGAUGCAUUAAUGCUGAGUAUCCCGACUCCUUUGGCCAUUAUAGAGAGGCUAAGUUCUCCCAAACCAAACACCAUUGGUGGUGGAAGCUGCAUUUUGUAUGGGAAAGGGUCAAAGUUCUUCGAGACUAUACUGGCCUCAUACUUUUCCUAGAGGAAGAUCACUACUUAGCCCCCGACUUUUACCAUGUCUUCAAAAAGAUGUGGAAGUUAAAGCAGGAGGAGUGUCCUGAGUGUGAUGUUCUCUCCCUGGGGACCUAUACGGCCAUUCGAAGUUUCCAUGGCAUUGCUGACAAGGUAGAUGUGAAAACUUGGAAAUCCACAGAGCACAAUAUGGGUCUAGCCUUGACCCGGGAUGCAUAUCAGAAGCUGAUUGAGUGCACAGACACUUUCUGUACUUAUGAUGAUUAUAACUGGGACUGGACUCUUCAAUAUUUAACUGUAUCUUGUCUUCCAAAAUUCUGGAAAGUGCUGGUUCCUCAAGUUCCUAGGAUAUUUCAUGCUGGAGACUGUGGUAUGCACCACAAGAAAACCUGUAGACCAUCCACCCAGAGUGCCCAAAUUGAGUCACUCUUAAAUAAUAACAAACAGUACUUGUUUCCAGAAACUCUAAUUAUCAGUGAGAAAUUAGUGGCAGCCAUUUCCCCACCUAGGAAAAAUGGAGGGUGGGGAGAUAUUAGGGACCAUGAACUCUGUAAAAGUUAUAGAAGACUGCAGUGAAAAAUCACAAUUACAAAAGCAAAAGUCACAGUCUUCUAUUUUUGAUAUUUGUCCAAACAGAAUAUACAAUUGAAUAAAAGGGUUUAGGAACUGGUUUCUGCUUUAAUACAGAAAAAAAAAAAUUCUUGUAAAAGAUGUCCAAAUAUAGCAAUCUUUUCCUUCUAUGUCUGAUUAAAAUUUAAACACAAGUUUUCAUUUUGGGAGUUGGGUUUUAAAGUUCAAUCUCUAUCUGCUAAAGGUAAUCAUUAUUAAUUGGUAAAAGAAAAGGGGAAAUUUUAUUUAAGUUGCGUCUAUUAAUCUUUUUAUCUGGAACUUUGUACACUUUUCCACUUUUAAAACUUAUUUUAAGUACAGCAGACUUUAUUUAAAAUUGUCAUAGCAGUAAAAAGUAUUACAAUGGAAUUAUUAGUAUUAAUGGAGCAAGCCCAGUUUCACUCUUGACACGGUUACUAGGAAGGGAUUGCUUCACUGGUUUUAUAAUACAAAAGUUAUGUUUGUUAAACGCCCUAUCAGAACAGACAUUUUCAGUAUUACAGAUUCCUGUAUUAUUGUGUUAAGAUUUGCCUGUGCUUUGGAGCCUUCAUAGAACACACUUUCUUUUGGAAUGUAUUUGAUUGAUAAGAAAGUUUAAACACUGUUUUCACCUCAAUGUAGAAAUACAGUGGGUUUUUUUUUUUCUUUUAGUGCUGCCAAAAUAAAAUACUCAUUUUUGCAUAAAAA